AUGGAGGACAGAGAGGAGCGCGCAGCAGACGGAGGAUACCACCGUGUGGCCAAGCGGCUCCGCACCGAGGAGGAGAGCGCAGUGAGGGAGCUGGAGGACGGGGAGGAGGAGGAGGACUCAGCCGGUGAGGAGGCGGCGGGGAGCGGCGUCACCGAGAGCCGGAGCCGGACCCGCGGAGGGAAGGAUGCUGUGGAGGACAGUCACCGCAUCCCCCCGUCCCCGGUCAUCCACGUCCGCGGGCUGUGCGACGCCGUGGUGGAGGCCGACCUGGUGGAGGCCCUCGACAAGUUCGGCAACAUCUGCUACGUGAUGAUGAUGCCGUUUAAGCGUCAGGCUCUGGUGGAGUUUGACAGCGUGGAGAGCGCUGAACGCUGCGUGUCGUGUGGAACCCGUGAAGCCGUCUACAUUGCCGAGCAGCAGGCCUUCUUCAACUUCUCCACCAGUCAGCGGAUCACCCGGCCCACCAACGCAGACGAUCCCAGAAGCGGAAACAAGGUCCUGCUGCUGUCCAUCCAGAACCCGCUGUACCCCAUCACCACCGAUGUGUUGUACACCGUCUGUAACCCUGUCGGCAACGUCCUGCGCAUCGUCAUCUUCAAACGCAACGGCAUCCAGGCCAUGGUGGAAUUUGAGUCAGUGGAGGACGCUCAGAAGGCAAAACUGGCUCUGAACGGAGCCGACAUCUACGCCGGCUGCUGCACGCUCAAGAUCGAAUACGCUCGGCCCAACAGACUGAACGUCGUCCGCAACGACAACACCAGCCGGGAUUACACCAAACCCUUCCUCUUGCACCGAGAGCGGGGGAAGGGGAGGCAGCGUCAGGCCAUCCUGGGAGAGCAUCCAUCCAACGGCUAUGGCCCACACUGCCCCCUGCUGCCUCUACCUGCUAACAGCAGGUACAGGAGGAGCAGUGAGGAGGUGCAGGACUUGAUUUCUUACCCGCUGCUUCUCCACAAGACCUCCUGCUCCACAUCCUCUGCCUCCUUCCGGGGUCAUGCUGUCUCCAGCUCCGUUGCCAUGGUGAGCGGCCUCCAUCCCGCCAAGAUGAACUGCAGCCGCGUCUUCAAUCUCUUCUGUCUCUAUGGCAAUGUGGAGAAGGUGAAGUUCAUGAAGAGCGUUCCUGGCACAGCUUUGGUGGAGAUGGGUGACGAAUACGCUGUGGACCGAGCUGUGACUCACCUCAACAGCAUAAAGGUGUUUGGCAAGAAACUCAACGUCUGUCUGCUCUGUACUGACCACAACGUUCCCGCCUUCACCAAGUUCAAGGUGUUUGAUGCCAAACCCAACUCAAAGACUCUGUCUGGUCUGCUGGAGUUCGACAGUAAAGCUGAAGCUGUGGAGGCUUUGGCAGUCCUCAACCACCACCAGAUCAGAAUACCCAACAGCUCCAACCCCUUCACCCUGAAGCUCUGCUUCUCCACCUCCUCCCACCUGUGACCUAGAAACAAGAUGGCCGCCCCGGGCUCCCAGCGACACACCACAGCGAGUCUGUUCAUCACAAAAACAGGAAAAGAAGCACUAUAUAUUGAAGUUUUCCUGACGAGGGGUCUGAAUUUGAUUGGGUGUUUUUGUUGUUGUUGUUGUUGUUUUUUUAUGUUUCACGAUGAGACGAUGAGCUUGAAGAAGAAAAGCUCGUUAGUAUCUUAAAGACUACAUGAGUGAUGACUGAGCCAGAUAUAGGAUACAACGCAUAGCUUCCAGCAGAAUGUCCCUCUGGAUUAGUACCUGCUGGUUCCUGCUCAGUGGGGGAACUACUGAAGAAAACAUGUGUAAGAACUCCUUCUGUUACAGACGAACAUUUAAAAAAGUUUGACGUUUGAAAAAGAGGUAAGAACCCUGUUUUUAUUCUGUGAUUAAAGAGGAAACGUGAGAACAGUUGACACCUGAUAUUAGAGCCCACACACCUGAUGAUCACUGUCUAAUUAAAUGAUUUCAGUAAUGAUGACUGUGUUCCUCGUCAAACAUUUAGACUGUAAAACUUAAACACAACACGAGUGAACCUUCAUCAUUUCAUGUCCUCUAAGGCCCUGGACGCUGUCUCUAAUAAACAUGGCAUGCUGUGUGAACUCUGGUUUGUUCUUGGACUAAAUGACAUCAGCAGAUGUUUGAACUGAUUCAGUUCUGUGGAAACAUCGUCUUGUUUAUUGGAUUUAAAUGUGGACAUUUAUUGAACCCUUUCAGUAGUUCUGUCGUCUUAAACAUCAACUAAUCACCAUUAGUUUAGUGUGCUGGUUGUACUUGUGUAGAGACGUAAUUCGGUGAGCGGCGUGAACUCUCAGCACUUCAUUCAGUCAAGUUAGAAAAACUCAAGACGUCUGAAUUAACUUGAAAUGAAUUAAACAUGUCGUGUAUUUACUCUGGAUCAGCUGCUGGGUUGGAAAUUCACUUUAUCUUUAAAACAUUGCCAAAGUUACACCAUUUAUCAGAGCAAGGAACGGUAACAACAAACAAAUCGGACUUCUUGGUCGUCGGUGAAGUCAUCAUGUGUGACUGAAGGUUCCAUUUAGCAGCUGAACCAGUGGGCUGUGGUCCUGUAGCACCAUCAUCACUCCUUCUAGCCGUGGUCGGGCUGUUUCUAUACAAGUGCAGGACUUCAUAUUGCAGUAAAAAAUGAGCCAACAGCAGGAAAAACGAGAACAAAAACCUCCCAGUGGCUGUAUGUCAGAGGGUUUACCAGUCAGAGACCAGUCCGUUAACUGGACUGUAAUUCCACUUCAGUUCUGUAAAACUCUUGUUUGAUGUUUCACAGCUGUGUGGACUUCUCUUUACUCCAAAUGAUGAAGUGAAACAGAGCGCUUAAUAACAAACCUCUGUAGUGUGGCUCUGCCUGCCAUCUUUUAUGUUCCAUUUUCUCCUUAGUGUUUGUGAAUAGCUGAAAUUCACCAUGUAUAUGUAUAUAUAUAUAUAUAUACAUAUACAUGUGUGUGUAAGGUCUGAGGGUUUUAUUAUGAUGUGUGGCUUUCUCCUCUGUUCACCCUUUAAUUACAAAUUAAGAAAAUGCUGAACACCGUUUGUUUGAGUUGAAGUUUCUUUAAAAUGCUGUUGGUCCGUGUUUUUUUCUGACAGUCUUCGUCCAAUGCAGCUGUUUAAGUGGCACCAGACGAGCAGUAAAAAGUGGAACAACCAGCGAUAAAACAGCUGUAUGUAAAUAAAGACUGAGGCAGAAUGAAGCCGUGUGUUAGACAGCGAUGUGUGUGUGUUUACUGAACAAAACUCAGGGAGGAAUAACUAGAAACUGACCAGAAAUCAGACAGGAAGAGAGAUUAUAUUAUGGUUCAGAACAUUUUGGAUGUGUUUUUUUUUUGUUUUUGUUUCUUUUACUUUGUUUUUUAAAACUUUGCUUCUCAGAAUCCUGUGACUGAUUAUUCUAACUUAAUUUUUUAUGUAAUUAAAGGUCACCAAUAAAGGCAAAGACAGACA